GGCUCUACGUACCCUGGGCUCCUGUGACGUUCUGUUAUAAAAGCGGGGCCCGGACUUGUGGCACUGUCGGGGGUCGUCGGGCAGGGGAGCUGCGGGGCAGCCCCGCGUCCCCGCGCGCCGUGGGUCCCAUAGGCGAUGCUACUGUUUGGCCUGCGCUUCUGAGGAGUCGUACUGUGAGGGGACCCCGGGACCAGCUUUUCAUUUUUAACACCUCCGCUUGCCCGAUCGUCCGACCGCCCGACCGCCCGACCGCCCGACGCCAGAGCGCCCUAAGAACUAUGGAGGAGUCCUCUGAGCCGGAAAGACCCAUAGAUUGGAAAGAACGCUGUGUAGCUCUGGAGGCUCAACUAAUGAAAUUCCGAGUUCAAGCAAGCAAGAUCCGAGAGCUCCUAGCAGACAAAAUGCAACAAUUGGAGAGACAAGUCAUCGAUGCAGAACGCCAAGCAGAAAGGGCUUUUCAAGAGGUACAAGUUAUGGAAGAGAAACUAAAAGCAGCUAACAUUCAAACCAGUGAGUCAGAGACACGGCUAUACAAGAAGUGUCAAGAUCUGGAGUCUGUGAUGCAGGAGAAGGAUGACCUCAUUCAGAACUUGGCUCUGCGGCUUGAAGAGCAGAAACAAGUGAGGAUAAAAGAAGCUAAAACAAUAGAAGAAAAAGCAGCUAAGAUCAAAGAAUGGGUAACAGUUAAAUUAAACGAGCUAGAAGUAGAGAAUCAGAAUCUUCGUUUCAUCAACCAAACCCAGACCGAAGAGCUAAGAGCAAUACAGUCAAAAUUGCAAGAACUCCAAGAGAAGAAAGUAUCCUGUGUCUCCAGCCCAAAGCCCUCAGAAGGGCAGCGUCUGAGCAGUUUGACGUUUGGAUGCUUCUUGUCCCGAGCAAAGAGUCCGCCUUGUGCAGUAAGGUCCGAGGAAGCGAGCAAGAUGGCCUCAAGCGAACCUGAGUUCGCCGAAGCAAGAUGCGUAGAAGAGAUGGAAAUUGCAGAGAAGCCUGCUGACAACCAAGUGCAAGAGAACAGCAGGAGCCAGAGAAAGUUGCUCGAGACCUCUUGUGGCUCAGAACACAACCGGAAAACGGGAGCAAGCUUUGUAGCGGAUGGUGGGACCCCCGAGCAUUCUGGGCUUCCAGUGAGUGACUGGAGUUCAGACGAUGACGACGGAAGCAAGGGCAGAUCUAAGUCCAGGUGCACGUCCACUCUUUCCAGCCACACGUCUGAGGAGGGUGGCCAGUGUGGCAGGCCGGGCAGCGAAGCUUAUCUCACAGCAUCCGAUGACAGUAGUUCUAUAUUCGAGGAAGAGACUUUUGAUGCUAACAGACCACAGCACAAGAAGCUGUAUUCUUGGCAGCAGAAGGCACCAUGGAAAGCUCCCAGUAACCUUGCAAAGGGAAGUUCUCAGUCAGAAGUUAAGCAGCGAGAUAGUUCCUCAGAUGAACUGAAUAAGAAAUUUCAGUCCCAGAGACUGGAUUAUUCAUCCUCAUCAAGCGAGGCCAACACCCCAAGCCCUAUUUUAACCCCAGCUUUAACCCCCAAGCACCCUAACUCACUCCCUGGAAAAGGAACACCAUUAGUGCCUCCACCAUUCCUGCCACCCCCAAAGCUGAGGAUCCCCAACGUCUUCAGUAUAAGUGUGGCACUGACCAAAAGGCACCUGAGCCAACCACAGUUAUGUUCGGACCGGAUGUUUGGCAUGAACCGGAAUGCCAUCAGCAUGAUCCGGCCUCUGAGGCCUCAGGAAACGGACCUUGAUAUGGUUGAUGGUGAUAGGGCGGAAGCCGUGGACAUCAUGGACACGGGCUGCGGUGACUUAUUUUCCUAUGACUCCCAGGAUCCUCCUUCUGCAGAAGACCCGGAAAACAGCGAGGCCACAAAGAAGGCCUCGUGCAGCAAACCCCCCACUCCUCCUUUGCACCGCUUCCCCUCUUGGGAGAGCAGGAUUUAUGCAGUAGCCAAAUCAGGCAUCCGAGUGUCUGAGGCCUUCAAUAUGGAGAAUGCUAAUAAAAAUGCUGCAAGCUUACUUUCCCACUCUGUAGCAGGCCCUUACAUGUCUCUCAUAUACAAGAAUGUGACGACCCCUGUGUACACAACGUUGAAGGGGAAGGCGACACAAAUAAGUACCAGCCCUUUCCUGGAUGAUUCUUCUGGCUCAGAUGAAGAGGACGGUUCUAGGGCCAGCUCCCGGAGUCAGUCGGAGUCAGAAACGCGCAGCCGCAGUGGACCGAACAGUCCCAGAGCCAUGAAGCGAGGCGUGUCCGACUCUUCUGAGGGUGACUACGCCAUCCCUCCGGAUGCCUACUCCAUAGACACGGAGUGCUCGCAGCCUGAGCAGAAACUCCUGAAAACCUGCUCGACGUCCAGUGACAACGGGAAAAGUGAGCUAUUAGAAAAAUCUGGCUACCUACUAAAAAUGAGCGGACGACUCAAGACUUGGAGGCGGAGGUGGUUUGUUCUUAAAGGCGGAGAACUACUUUACUACAGGUCUCCAAGCGAUGUAAUUCGGAAACCCCAGGGCCACAUUGAACUUAGUGCAUCCUGCAGUAUUUUACGGGGAGAUAACAAGCAAACGGUUCAGCUGACCACAGAGAAACACACAUACUACCUGACAGCAGAUUCUCCCAAUAUACUGGAAGAAUGGAUCAAAGUGUUCCAGAAUGUUCUGCGAGUACAAGCUGCUAACCCUCUUUGCCUGCAGCCCGAGGGCAAACCCACAGUAAAGGGCCUGCUCACCAAGGUAAAACACGGCUACUCUAAGAGAGUCUGGUGCACGCUUGUUGGAAAGUGCUUGUAUUAUUUUCGGAGUCAGGAGGAUAAGUUCCCUCUAGGUCAGAUCAAACUCUGGGAGGCUAAGGUGGAGGAGGUGGACAGGUCAUGUGACUCGGAUGAGGACUAUGAGACCAGUGGGCGCUGUCUGUUGUCCACUCACUACACCAUCAUUGUCCACCCCAAGGACCAGGGCCCUACUUACCUGCUCAUCGGAUCUAAGCACGAAAAGGAGGCGUGGCUUUAUCACCUCACUGUUGCGGCUGGAAGCAACAAUGUAAAUGUUGGAUCCGAAUUUGAACAACUGGUUUGCAAACUGCUAAAUAUAGAAGGAGAGCCCUCCUCCCAGAUAUGGAGACACCCCAUGCUGUGUCACAGCAAAGAAGGAAUCCUGUGCCCUCUGACCUCACUGCCUUCGGAAGCCCUGCAGACAGAGGCCAUUAAGCUGUUUAAGACCUGCCAGCUCUUUAUCAACGCUGUGGUGGACUCCCCCGCCAUCGACUACCAUAUCUCUCUGGCUCAGAGCGCUCUGCAGGUCUGCCUGACACAUCCCGAGCUGCAGAGUGAAAUUUGCUGUCAGCUUAUUAAGCAGACCAGGCGAAGACAGCAGCAGAAUCAGGCCGGACCACUGCAGGGCUGGCAGCUCUUGGCGCUCUGCGUUGGACUCUUCCUUCCCCACCACCCUUUCCUGUGGCUCCUCCAGGUCCAUCUGCAGAGGAGUGCGGAUUCCAGAACAGAAUUUGGGAAAUAUGCCAUUUACUGCCAGCGGUGUGUGGAAAGAACACUGCAAAACGGAGACCGAGAGGCCAGACCUUCCAGGAUGGAGAUCCUCUCCACCCUUCUUCGAAACCCCUACCAUCAUUCUCGGCCCUUCAGCAUUCCCGUGCACUUCAUGAACGGGAUCUACCAGGUAGUUGGGUUCGACGCGUCCACCACGGUGGAAGAAUUUUUGAACACUUUGAACCAGGACACAGGAAUGAGGAAGCCAGCACAGUCCGGGUUCGCACUGUUCACAGAUGACCCUUCUGGCAGAGACCUGGAACACUGUCUUCAGGGGAAUAUCAAGAUCUGCGAUAUCAUUUCUAAAUGGGAGCAGGCAUCCAAAGAACUGCAGCCCGGGAAGUGUGAGGGCAGCAGGACUGUCCGUCUGACUUACAAAAACAGACUAUAUUUUUCAAUGCAAGCUCGUGGAGAGACUGACAGAGAGAAGCUGCUGCUGCUGUAUCAGACAAAUGAGCAAAUCAUAAAUGGUCUUUUCCCUCUCAACAAGGAUCUGGCGUUAGAAAUGGCAGCGCUCUUGGCUCAGGUGGAUAUCGGGGAUUUUGAGAGACCGUUCUCAACUCCAGCUGGGCAUGUGACCAACCAGUGCAAGGCAAACCAAACCCUCAAACAAGUCGUGGAGAAGUUUUACCCUAAAAGGUACCGAGAAGGGUGCUCUGAAGAACAGUUAAGGCAACUUUACCAGAGACUCUCGACCAGAUGGAUGGCCCUCCGGGGACACAGCACAACUGACUGCAUUCGCAUUUACUUGACAGUAGCCAGGAAGUGGCCAUUCUUUGGCGCCAAGUUAUUCUUGGCCAAACCUAUAACACCGUCAUCACUUGGCAAUAAUUUUAUCUGGCUGGCUGUCCAUGAAAACGGGUUGAGCAUCCUAGAAUACACCUCCAUGAGGUUAGUGACUGGCUAUGUGUACAAGAGUGUGAUGACCUUUGGAGGCUAUCAAGAGGAUUUUAUGGUAGUCAUUAGUACACAGGCAAAAGACCGGCCAACAGAGAAGUUACUUUUCGCCAUGGCAAAACCCAAGAUUCUUGAAAUUACCCUUCUGAUCGCCAGUUACAUCAACAACUUCUAUCAGCAGAAGGCAGCAUUUCACCACCUGUCUGCCCCGGCACUGCUCUCAGCCAAGGUUCAGGAGCCCCAAGCCAAGGCCAUGGGCAGCCAGCCCCUUCUGUCCAACAACAGACCUACCAAAGGCCCCACCUUACUCUGAAGCUCCUGAGCCUGAACCUUCACUCCUUCUCCACUGCAUGGCUGCAUCCGCUGCAAAUAAGUGUUUACACCCCACCGACAUGGUGCAUACACCAGCACUCCAGACUUUAGCAGUAAUGGGUUACUCUCUUAUCUGACUCCUAAUAUUUAGAUAACAAUAAACAAAAAUGUGUCAACACACUCAUUGUGUCUUAGACAAAGUAGGUUAGAAUUUGCUCCCCCUCCCCCCAAUCUCCGUUCUUGGCCUUCAGACAUUGUGCAAUAAGGCUUCCUACUUUGCCUUUAAGUACCUUGGCAAUCUUUGGAAAGGGAGAUUCCAAACUCUCAUUUGGUAAACCAGUUGACUAUCUGGAAAAGCUCACUGCCAAAGAAUGCAAGUACUGUAAUCAAAUGUGCCUUUAGCUAAUGAAGUGGCCUUUAGGGGAAGACUGAGGUUUAGCAUAGGAAUCAGCUGUGGGAACAAAUGCAGGGGGUAAAUUCUUACAGCAAGUGCAAUUAAUCAUCUGAGGCUAUGCGUCAUUAAUGAGACGACAGACCGCUAACCAGAGCCGCCUCAGUGGGGUUAGGAAGCAUGUGCCCUGCCACCUCUGCGGAUCACUGGACUGUCUUAUUUAAAAUGAGGUGGUGAGUCCUGUUAGCAUCGCCUGAGAUCACUGGAAUGGCAUCCCACAUUCAAAUGUGUUUAAUGCUAGCUCAGCUUGAUCUUACGUUGUUAUAAAUAGUGUCCUUGGGAACAGAGAUGACCCUUAAAGCUUUGUUUUCACAAGUCUUCUCUGAUCCGAGUUUAAAAAAAUAUAUUCCAAAGUAAAUUCUAAUAGAAAAUACUUCGGCCGAAGGAAGUACAUUUGGAGUUGAAGUUGUCUCGAGAUGCUGUAGUUAUCCCAUUGCAGUGGCAGAAUACUUGGCAAAAAUUGCUUAAGCCAGACAUGAUUGUUUCUGCUGUUUCAGAGAGGUCUAUCCCUAAUGGCUUGGCCCUGUGUAGUUUGGUGUCAGGACCAUGUGCAUAAGAGGUUUCUUCAACUCAUAGUGGAUAGGAAGCAGAAAGCAAGAAAGGUACCAGAGAGAGAGAGAUAGAUGCUAACUUCAAAAGCAUGUCCCCGGUGACUCAGUUCCUCUAUGUUCCAACUAAAAAUUUCUACCACCUUUCAAACUAGUACUCCAUCUGCGGUCCAAGUGUUUGACACAUGAACCUCUGGGAUCAUUUCAUAGUUAAAUCAUAAUGUAAGUGGCCAAUACAUUUCAAGCUGUGUCAAGGUGAUGUAAUUAGUAUUCCUGAUAACAUGAAACUGUGAUAAGAUAUGAAAAUUCUAUUUUAAAAAUGUUUAACCACAAGUCUACCUAACUUUAUAUUUAUGUGUAGAAUACUUGUAUUUAUUUUUAGACAUAUAUUUAUCACUUUGUGUGCUGUAUUUUUUUAAGUCAAUUUGAGAAAAUGCUAGGUGCCCAAUGAAUUAAUUGGCAGACCCCUGUGUCUUCCUCUUUGCUGUGGCAGUGUCCCGUUCCCACACUAAGCCUUUUAAACAUGCUCUGCCCUUGGGAGCAAAGUCAGGAAACAUGUUGCUCCAGCUGUACUGUACUGUCUUGGUAAUGACAAAAAUGCUUUUCAAGCCCCAUAGAAGUGGCCUGCAAGUGGCAGUUCACCCUUCCAUCUCUGAACCACAACCGCUCACUAAAUGAACAGAUUCAUUUUUAAAGUGAUUAACAAUUUGGGGUGACCUUCAGAGUGUGUUUGACUGGGAUAAAGUAUUUUUGAAUGCCCAUAAGGCCACUUAAUAAUCAUUAGUGGGUGAGCCAGAGGCUGGGACAGAGCUCUGACUUACAUGUGAGAACUUUAUUCUCAGCCAACAGCUCCUUCACCAACUGGUAAGCAGUCCCACCUGCCAUAUCCUGAGGUUUAAAAAUAGUGAGUGCUCACCUUAAACCACGGUACCUUAGGCUUUGCACUUGUUUUUGGUAGAGCAGGAAUAAAAUAUUUUGAUGGAAAGAAGUCAGUUUUAUGUAACCAGUGAUGUGAAAAAUUGAUCUCCUGGGAAACUCCUUAUAUAGCCAUUUUUAAAUGCAAAUAUAUUAUUAUGAUUGGUUACAAGAGAUUAGCGUUUCAUGUUUAAUUGUAAUAUUUCUCACCUACCCUCUUCUUUCCUCUCAGUUAUAUCAUUUAUCAGUAAAUGAGUGUUUUACGAGUCCCAUUUUGAACAUUAUCUUUUGAAUAUUCUAUAAAACAUACCUAAUGGUUUCGUUGUCAGCUGAGGCAUACUGUGGAAGGAGAGGCAGUCGCUGCCCCCUGGUGCCUUCAUUCUGUCUUCAGUGUGGCUCUGCUUCAGUCACCUCAAAAGAAGGUGCUUAGACCAUCUGUAAUUUUAAUAUGUGUGCAUUUGGAUACAUAUAGACUAUGUAAAGAGAGAGGUAAAUGGAUUUAUGUUUUCCAGUGAUUUCAUAAUAAAUCCCUUAAGAGAGCUUAUUUCAUUUAA